AUGGCGGAUUACCUACCCGAAGAUGUGAUAGUUCAAAUCCUGCAGAGGUUACCAAUCAAAUCCCUAAUUCGCUUCACCUCCGUUUCGAAAUGCUGGCGUUUCAUCAUACUGUCCGACCCAAACUUCGCCAAAUCCCAAUUCCAGGAAACCAAGAGUCGCAGAGUCCUCUUCUGCCUCUACUGCAAAGAAUCCCGUGCCUUGGAGACGCCGUGGUCCACCGGAGAAAAUUCUACUGACUGCAGAAAGCUCAGAUGCCCAUUCAAGCAGCCGGACGAUGAACUCUACUCAUUCUCCUACUGCAAUGGUUUAGUAUGUGCAGCUCUUUGUGAUCGAAACCGGAUGGGUAUGGAGAUUUAUAUCUGGAACCCAUCAACUCAGUUCUUCAAGGAACUACCCGCUUCUCCCUUACGAUUUCCAUUUCUACGCUGUUAUGGUUUUGGCUACUUGUCAGCCACUGACGACUAA